AUGGGUUUCGAGGAUGGGAUGAGCUAUCAAGACAAGUUACCUUGGCAGAAUGCAAGUCAGCUUGACCGACAAAAUCAAGAUGAUGGAAGUGGUGAGGUUUUUCUGCUCAUCAACAGCGAUUUUGGUGGAAGACGAGGAGAUAAUAUGGUUCAUGUUCAGGCAUCAAUUUGCAAUGCAUUAUGGUUUCUUGGGAAUUACUUCAAAGGAGUGGAAAGAGUGGCAAAAGGACUUGCAACUGACUGGGUGCCAUGGAUCCUAAGACCUGAUGUAGGAACUAUUGAAAAAAUUAAGAAUGGUAUGUACAAAAUUUAUUCAUUUAAAAAUGUUUAUGUAGAAAUUAAGGAUAAUAUAUGCAAAAUUUACUCAUUUUAA